UUAAGAAUAUUACUGAAACAAGGAUUACCACCUAUUAACAACCACUCUGACUCUCAACACAAGCAGAAGACGAUGGCCGCCGGCGACUCCACCACCACCAUCGAUCAAAACCCAGGGGUUGAACAACAUGAACAGAAGAAGAGAAUAGUUAUACAAAACAAGUGUGGUGAAAAACUUGUGGGUUUGUUACACGAAACCCGGUCCAAAGAGAUUGUAAUAUUGUGCCAUGGCUUCCGAGACUCCAAGGAGUACAGUAUGAUGGUGGAACUCGCUUUUGCAUUAGAAAAACACGGCAUUAGUGCAUUUCGCUUUGAUUUUUCGGGAAAUGGGGAAAGUGAAGGUUUAUUUCAAUUUGGUAAUUACUCUAAGGAGGUUGAUGACUUACACGCAGUAACCCAACAUUUCACUGCAGAAAAUCGUGUUGUAAGUGCAAUUAUUGGACAUAGUAAAGGUGGGAAUGUGGUGGUCUUAUAUGCGUCUUUACAUCACGAUGUUCACACGGUUAUUAACGUGUCUGGUCGAUAUAAGAUGGAUAGGGGCAUUGAGGAGCGUUUGGGAAAAGAUUAUAUGGAAAGAGUGAAAAAAGAUGGUUUUAUUGAUGUCCAUUCGAAAACAGGAGAAUUGUUGUUUCGUGUGACGGAGGAAAGUCUAAUGGAACGCCUAAACACAAACAUGCAUGAAGCGGGACUCAAAGUUGACCAAGAUUGCAGGGUGUUGACCGUUCACGGAUCGGUUGAUGAAGUCAUUCCAGUUGAAGAUGCUAUGGAGUUUGACAAAAUCAUACCCAACCAUGAGUUAAGAAUCAUCGAAGGGGCGGAUCAUGGUUACAACAACCACAAAGACGAAUUAGUUUCGGUUGUUUUAGAUUUCUUAAAGGGCAAUAUGCAUAGAGCAUGAUCCUUAGAAGAAACAUGUGUUCUUGGAAGUUUGAACAAGAGUUAAUUACUGUUUUCGUCCCCGUGGUUUGUCAAAAGUCACUAUUUCAGUCCAUUAGUUUAAAAAUUACGAUUUCAGUCCUUUUGGUUUCACUUUCAUAACCAUUUCAGUCCCUGUGGUUUCACUUUCGUAACCAUUUCAAUCCAUUUAUUCUGUUAGUACGGGGACUGAAAUUGUUACGAGGUGGACUGAAAUGGUUAUGAAAGUGAAACCACAGGGACUGAAAUCGCAAUUUUUAAACUAAUGGACUGAAAUAGUGAUUGUUGACAAACCACAGGGACGAAAACAGUAAUUAACUCUUUGAACAAAUUAAAAUUUAAAGCAGAAUAUUUGUAUUGCCAUAUGAUCUAAGCAGUUAAUGCGGUAAAAUAUCGGAUAUCGGUCAA